CCUGGUGCCUGGAUCUUAAGACUCUCAGCUGCACUGAUCACAAGCACCAGGCAUCAAUAUGUGUCAUGUCAUUGUAACGUGUCGGUCAAUGCUGUGGACUCUCCUGAGCAUCGUGGUGGCUUUUGCAGAGCUCAUCGCUUUCAUGAGCGCCGACUGGCUGAUCGGCAGAGCCAAGCCUUCCAGCUCCGAGGAUGGGGACAACAGAACGGGGGGGUCACAGGAGCCUUACCAUCCCACGCUGGGCAUCUACGGGCGCUGCACCAGGAUCUCCCACAUGCAGCUUUCUAGACGAGACACGCUCUGCGGUCCCUACGCCGAAAACUUCAAUGAGAUUGCCAGUGGGUUCUGGCAGGCAACAGCAAUUUUCCUAGCCAUGGGAAUCAUGAUUCUUUGUGCCGUGGCAUUUGUGUCUGUUUUCACUAUGUGUGUGCAGAGUAUUAUGAAGAAAAGCAUUUUUAAUGUCUGUGGGCUGCUACAAGGGAUUGCAGGCCUCUUCCUUAUCUUAGGCUUGAUACUUUACCCUGCAGGUUGGGGAUGCCAGAAAGCAAUAAGCUAUUGUGGACACUAUGCUUCUGCUUACAAACUAGGAGACUGCUCCUUGGGGUGGGCUUUCUACACAGCUAUCGGGGGCACUAUUCUGACAUUCAUCUGUGCAGUCUUCUCGGCGCAAGCUGAAAUAGCCACAUCCAGUGACAAGGUGCAAGAAGAAAUAGAAGAAGGAAAAAACCUUAUCUGCCUCCUUUAACUCCAGUGGGCAACAAUACCAGCACCUGAAUCUUUGUCUGCUUUCCAUUAACUGGACAAGGAGAUCUGCUUACCUGUUUCUACCACUUGUGAUUGAGCCCCAUGCAUUCCAGCCCUGAACUACUGAAGUGGCCUUUCUUCCUUGCUGGGCAAUGAGGAUCAGAGAUAGGAUCCCAAGAAAGCAGAAUCAGAUGACAACUCCCUGCUGAACAGAUGGGGAUUAUCUUGUGAACGCCAACAGCCUGGCCUGGGAUGUAGCCUCUCCUGCAACUGUAGAUCACAUGUUGGACUUCAACAGCAUUAUUCUUUCUCUCUUGCCAGUGAAACCUUUUCCUGCUCUGCAGAUCAGUCUGUCUCAUGACCCAGAGUCACAUGAGUCCUGAAGAAAUUUACAUUUUUCAGGAAGUCUUGCCAAAUUCUACAUGUCUGGGAAGACCUUUUCCUUUUUUUUUUGUUUUUUUUUGGGUUCUUUUGGAAACCACAUGUAGUAUGGACCCCUUUCCAACUAAAU